GCAAUUCACGACACAAGCGCGUUAUUUGCUCAGGCUUGUGACGAAAACAAUGGCUUGAUGCCAUCAACUCGCUUCCGAGUUUGCCAGUGACGUGUCUGCAGGAAAGUUGAAACUCAACGAUUCACACUGCACAGUCGGAGGUGUUCUGAAAUGAGUGAAACAAGCUGAAAAUUUAAAACUGAGAUGGGCCUGGUGGUAUUUAGGUCGGUUGACAGGUGAUAGAUAUCGGGACAGCUCUUUCCUUUCUACGACCAUGCCAUCGAGAGAGAUCGCCGACGAAGCAGAGGCUGUUACUUGUGAGCAGUAUGCCUCUUCCACACUGGCAGGGGAAGGAGAGGAGCACCCGGAUCCGACUCGGUCACACUCUGUGGUCUCCCGGAGAGAGUUGUGGAGCUAUUAUCUCUACUGGAACGGAAGCUGUGGGAUCGGAGCAGGAUUCGUCCGAACGCUGUUCACCCUUGCUGCCUUCCAAGCUGGCUACGAUGCAGUCGAGGGUCCGGGAUCGAGAUGCACUACAUCCGAGCGUUGCUUGCUUGUCUGGACGGGCGAAAAGACAGUGUCGAUCACCACCGCCUUAUUUCUCGCAGAUGGGGCUACUUUGGUCGUGUUGGCCGCGAUUGUUGCGAUCGUCUCGAGCGCUGCUGAUUACGGCAAGAUGGGACGAUGGGCUCUGCUCAUCUUCACUGGAUCAUACUGGCUCUCCCAGCUCUCAAGCAUACCUUUGACGGACAUGAUUUCGAUCUCCUAUUACGGCGCAGUGAUCUUUGCCAGCGCUGUACUUCCGCGCCUGGCGAGAAGCUUGCCAGCGGCUCAAUACUUCCGAGCUCGAUACGCAGGCGGGGAGAUAUCCGCCGCUGAGUUUGAUGCCGAGGAAAGCCUCAACUUGAGCAGAAUCAGCAGUUUCAGCCAAGCUCAUGUCAAGAUCGGAUACCUUGCAUUCAAUUGCAUCUUCUUGAUCCCUUGGUUCAGUAAUGGGAUGAAUACUUUGGUGAUAGCACCGACUGUCUACUGGAUUAUCCUGGGUAUCUGGUGGUUUGUUCUGGAAAAACCGCGCCCCGGCCCUGCCAUUCCGCAAGAUGCAAGCUGUACUACCGUGGGCAUCAAACAGAUGUGGAGGGCAAUCAGAGACUGCAAGGUUCUCUCUCAGACGUUCAUCUAUCUUGCUUCGGUCUUCGUGCUGACCAAUGGAAUCGAAUCGACUGUGCAAGUCGUCGAGUCGCGACAGUUCCGGCACUUCAUUGAGCGUCAACAAUACGGAACUAUUGAGGUCUUGGUAUUCGUCCAGACACUGGUGGCUGUUUUAGGCACGAUCGGCUUUUGGCGCAUCCAGAAAUACCGGCGCAGUGGAAACAAGACAAUGCUUGGUAUAAUUCUGGCGCUCAGCUCAAUACUUCCAGCGUGGGGCAAGUACCCCCUUCUCAUCAAUCUUUCUCAUCCCUUGCUGAUUUCCACCUUCAGGAUCGUUGGUCAGGUCAGUCCGCUCAUAUUAGAGGCAGUCACACAAUCUGUUAAUCCUCACAAAAGCUUCCGCACUACAUGGGAAUUCUGGGUAUCCAACGUCCUGAUUGGGAUAGUUCUAACACCAUACAACGCAUAUUCGAUAACAAUGAUGGCUGAGCUGACUCCGCCGGGAUUCGAGAACAUGUUCUUUGGACUUUUUGGACUGUCUGCGCAAGCUAGUCGGUUCCUCGGCCCGCUGAUUCGCAAGAGCAUAUUUGAUUGGAACGAUCUUGCUCUGCCGUUCUUGUCCUGCGUGUGCGGUCUUGUCCUUGUCCUACGCUUCGUCGGUGUCCAGCAGGGACGGCAAGAUGCGCGUGCGUGGGCAGAUAGGAUGCGGCCGUCAGCGGGGAUCACGAGGUCCAAUUGAGCGACUAGGGCAAAGAUACACUUCUCGAUUCGAACAUUGCCAUCAGACAACUCGUUUCGUUUGAACCACGCACAUGACAUUGAUUGAGAGAAAUCGAACAUUAUCACGUGCCUGCCGUUCGAUCUGCUCAUGGAUACGUGGACAUCAUCAUGCUGACGAAGGCUGACGACGAUACCUGAUUUCAGUCACCUGAUCAGAAUCGCUCGGGAGACCACUCGGAGAUGCGAAGUUAUCAUUAGGGGCAGUCAAAGUAGGCGAUUCGGGCGUGAUUCGAACGACGAUUCAGAGAUGAUUCUGGUACGAUUCUGGUGUGAUUUCGGAGCGAGAAUCGCCAUCAAAUCGCUGUCGAAUCGUGCCUUACUUUGACCGCCAUCUUCAUACCCUUGAUUCAUCGACGAUUCAGCACUACAACAUGUACUAGCACAUACUUACUGGCUUCUAUACAAACUCUUCUUCUUCCA